AAUCGGGCUUCGCCGACGCCGUAUCAGUCGAAGUUGGCCACAUUCAUCGCCGGCUCCCCUCCGCUGCGCACCUGUCGCGACCGAGUCAUAUGCUUGCUCGCAGACGAGAUGAUAGAUGGCCUGGACCCUCGAGGUUCCCGCCCUGCGCCCCCGCAAUUUGUCGGAUGACAUCGAAGUUCAACCCAUGCGGCAGGCCGGGUCCAUGGCCUGGGAAGUCCUCGGUGCCGCCGACACUAUAUGGGAAACUCUAACUGCUGUCGACACCACGGGCCCGUCCAGCUCGCCGGAGGUCGACAAAUGGAGUACGUGUACCUUUGGCGAUGCCGACCUACUUCCAUGAGGUCACCGGCCGUUAGGUCCGUCGCAGGAGUUCUCACUUGGCCAGCCAGCCCCGUCGUUGCGGAUAGCGGACGUUUCGGGAAUCCCGUCGGAGCAGCCGACAUCUCCCGGAACUCCAGUGCCUCAUCAUGGACCCCCCCGACAACAACCUUAACCCCCUGGACCGCCGCUCCCUCGCCUACUGGAUCAGUCCUCCUACGACGCGUGCGACCAGCCAUUUGGAUACUCGACGCCAUCCGGGGAGGCAAGGCUAAAAUGCUGGAUAUUGAAUCCAGUAGUCCAAGACGGCUUCCUGAACAGGUGCCGUCGCGCUCGCCAACGCCCGCGAGGAGUGCGUCCACGAGCGGUUGCCCGGCGGGCCCAAAGAAAAUUCUACGUCAGGGCCCGUUGUCUAGACUCCAAACGCCGAACGCACCCACGUGGGAGGGAGGGUGGUCUGGGGGCGUUCGGCGUUUGGUGUCUGGAGUUUGGCGUUUAGGGUUUGGAUUUCGGCGUCUGGCAUCUGGCGUUUGGAGUUUGGAAUUCGGCGUUUGGAGUUGACGUCUGGAGUUUGGAGUUUGGUGUCUGGAAUUCAUGUGCUGUAGUCAGGACAGCCGAAUCCUGAUUGCUCCCCCUGCGCGACUCACGUCACCCACCGGGCCUGGCCGGUCAGGCCCAUCGACCGGCGAGGCUGGGUACCGGCCCCUUCACUGAUCGAGUCGCCGGGUCUUCAUAAAUACACCGCACCCUCACCCGCUUGCUCAUUUCCAACUUUCUUUUUUUAAUUUCCCUCCUGCAUCCCGGGUUCCAAGUCUUACUUCGGUAACGUAGCGUAUACACACGUGCAACCGACGUGCCCCAUGCGCCGCCGAUUAGAAGGUCCUAACAGAUCUCCAUCAUAAUUUUCCUCCCAGCUCCCUUAGUCUAGACCUCCCUCCUUAACAGUUUCCCUCUA